AUGAUAUAUGCGAAAGUUAGAAUACGAUCGAGUCUACGACAUCUACGUCUACGUGGAGCCAGUGGCACACUUGUCAAUGUGCAAAGGCUAGCCAUACAGACUAGUACCAAUUACUUGACAACCACCUUGGUUACUGAGUCCCUCUUCAAAACUGCACCCGCUUCCAAGAUUUUUCAAUUCCUCGUCAAGAAUCAUGCACAAAUAGAUCCUCAGAUAAGUCUCAUAUUGACAUACAACUUGCUUCGACAAAAUAAUCUCCAAGCGGCUGUUUCAUUACAACAUUUACUUUUAACUAAUGAGCAAUACCGAAUACCAAAUGAGCUAUGGAAUGUAUUUCUUGAUAAAGUGUGUUGCGAGUCGAGUUACUUUGGGGCAAUGCUUAUCUUUCAUGAGUUGGUUGAUAAUCAUUCGUUUUACGACGAAGUCAGUUUUGCAGUACAAGAAAACGAUCAAGUACCAUUCAUCAUCAAUCCUACAACGUUAGUCUCCUUGGCUAAAAUUUUUGCAAACAACAGUGAUUCCAAACGAUUGGAAGGUACAUUGCGGUACUUCCGAAGGUUCCACUCCUAUCUAGAUGAACGCGAUGCCUAUAAAUCUUUGCUUGUGCUCAACGUUGAAGUAUAUGCUCAAAUGGGUGAUUUCAAUCAAGCAUUGGCAAAAUUCAAAAACUUGGCAUUUUCAUCGAGAAGUCUUUCGAGCAGCAACAACGCAACCAAAGUUUUGCCAACGGCGGCUCAUCUGUUCAAUCAAUGGAGGCUGUCCAACCUCCAACUGAACCAAUAUCGAAUUGAUUUCAUCCCUACAUACCCAUUAGAUAUCCAUCAACAGUUGUUGGCACAGAUAUGUCAGAGUAGAGUGUUCAAUCCAGUAGUGCAGUAUAACGUCUAUUCUCCAUGGGCGCCCAUUAUCCAAACGCCAAUUACAUCAUCCGACUUACCCCGUUUUCAAAAACUCCUAACUGAUUAUAUUAAGCUCGAGGAAUUGUACGACUACAAUAAACUCAUCCAGUUCAUAAGGACAAGUCAUCUCAAUCUACACAUUUUCAUCGUUACGGCGUUAUGUGAUUUGGAUAAGCACGAAUUGGCGUAUGCCGUGCUCAAAUCAUUCAAUUCGUAUGGCCAACUAUUGUGUAAAAGUCCAGCAUUUGUCACGUUACUCAAAUCGACACAAAACAAACCUGAACUAGCCGUGUUGCAAACAGACAUUAUCAAAUAUUAUCGUCUGUUGAACAAGGGGCAUUUGAAUUAUCCCGUGGCGGCUUACGCAUGA